GCACGCGCGCGGGCCGCGCGGCCUGCGUCGGCUUUUCGCAGAUCACUUUCCGGGGAGAAGGGCCACGUGUGCGGCAAGAAGGCGCUACGGAGGGGUUCGGCAUCGGGACCGAGACCCAGACGCGGACGGAAAUCGAGAUCGCCAUCGCGUGCGGGCCGCUACCGGAGCCAAGGCCACCAGGAGCCCCCGUUGCCCCUCGGGGGGCGGGAUCGGAAGCGCCCCUCUCGCGCGAAGUGUGCAGGCUUGCGCGUGGUAUUGUGGGAGCGCGGCGGUUAAGAUGGCAGAGGCCUUUGGGGAUGAGCUCUUCAGCGUGUUUGAAGAGGACGCGGCCGCCGCUGCUUCUGGCGCCAAGAAGAGCAAAACGGGCCCCGCCGAGGGUGCCAGGAGGCCGGGAAAAAGAUUGGAAGAAAAACCUUCAGUACCAGCAGCAAUAGUCAAGCCAAAAAGGGAGGCUGAGAUUGAUAGUACUGAAAAUGUCGUUCUGGGAAAAAAAAUGAAAUUGGAAGAUGUUUUAUCAGAAGAUGUUAAUCUGACAGAUCUGAUGCCUCAAGUAAAGGUGCAGUCUGUGGAAACUGUUGAAGGCUGUACACAUGAGGUUGCGCUUCCAGCAAAUGAAGAAUUCACAGGUCUGAAACCAAGAACUGGAAAAGCUGCAAAAGAAUAUCCAUUUAUUCUUGAUGCCUUCCAGAGAGAAGCUAUUCUUUGUGUAGAUAAUAACCAGUCUGUGUUGGUGUCAGCUCACACAUCAGCUGGUAAAACUGUUUGUGCUGAGUAUGCAAUUGCCCUGGCUUUGAGGGAAAAGCAGCGUGUGAUAUUUACAAGUCCAAUUAAAGCUUUGAGUAAUCAGAAGUACCGUGAGAUGUAUGAAGAAUUUCAGGAUGUUGGUUUGAUGACUGGGGAUGUCACCAUUAAUCCUACAGCUUCUUGUUUGGUAAUGACAACUGAGAUCUUGAGAAGUAUGCUUUACAGAGGUUCUGAGGUUAUGCGUGAAGUUGCAUGGGUAAUUUUUGAUGAAAUUCACUACAUGAGAGAUACAGAACGUGGUGUGGUUUGGGAAGAGACUAUUAUUUUGCUUCCUGAUAAUGUACAUUAUGUGUUCCUUUCUGCAACUAUUCCAAAUGCCCGUCAGUUUGCUGAAUGGAUCUGCCAUCUUCACAAACAGCCUUGCCAUGUGAUUUACACUGACUAUCGACCUACUCCACUGCAGCAUUAUAUAUUUCCAGCAGGAGGAGAUGGACUCCAUCUGGUUGUUGAUGAAAAUGGAGAUUUCAGAGAAGAUAAUUUUAAUACAGCAAUGCAAGUGCUUAGAGAUGCAGGAGACUUAGCAAAAGGGGAUCAGAAAGGAAGGAAAGGAGGAACAAAAGGUCCUUCAAAUGUUUUUAAGAUUGUGAAGAUGAUCAUGGAAAGGAAUUUCCAACCUGUGAUUAUUUUCAGCUUCAGUAAGAAAGACUGUGAAGCCUAUGCACUUCAGAUGACAAAGUUAGAUUUCAAUACAGAUGAAGAAAAAAAAAUGGUUGAAGAAGUCUUCAAUAAUGCAAUUGAUUGUCUCUCAGAUGAAGACAAAAAGCUUCCUCAGGUUGAACAUGUGCUUCCCCUUCUGAAGCGAGGAAUUGGUAUUCAUCAUGGUGGUUUGCUUCCUAUCUUAAAAGAAACCAUAGAAAUCCUUUUCUCAGAGGGCCUAAUAAAGGCCUUAUUUGCAACAGAAACUUUUGCUAUGGGAAUUAACAUGCCAGCCAGAACUGUGCUGUUUACAAGUGCCAGUAAAUUUGACGGAAAAGAUUUCCGAUGGAUAUCCUCAGGCGAAUACAUUCAAAUGUCAGGUCGCGCAGGACGCCGAGGUAUGGAUGACAGAGGAAUAGUAAUCCUUAUGGUGGAUGAAAAAAUGAGUCCAACCAUUGGCAAGCAGCUUUUGAAGGGUUCAGCUGAUCCCUUAAAUAGUGCUUUCCACCUGACAUACAACAUGGUAUUGAACUUACUUCGAGUGGAAGAAAUUAACCCUGAAUAUAUGUUAGAAAAAUCAUUUUAUCAGUUCCAACAUUACAGAACUAUUCCAGAAAUAGUGGAAAGAGUCAAUAAUCUGGAAGCACAAUACAACAAAAUUGUAAUUCCCAAUGAAGAAAAUGUGGUGAUAUACUACAGAAUCCGCCAGCAGCUUGCAAAACUGGGUAAAGAUAUUGAAGAGUAUAUUCACAAACCAAAGUACUGCUUGCCCUUUCUGCAGCCAGGAAGACUGGUAAAGGUGAAGAAUGAAGGUGAUGACUACGGAUGGGGAGUGGUUGUUAAUUUCUCUAAGAAAUCAAAUGUUAAGCCAAAUUCUGGUGAAUUGGACCCAUUGUAUGUAGUUGAAGUGCUCCUGCACUGCAGCAAAGACAGUUUGAAAAAUUCUGCUACUGAGUCUGCAAAGCCAGCCAGACCUGAUGAGAGAGGAGAGAUGCAGGUUGUUCCUGUUUUGGUGCAUCUUGUCUCAGCUAUCAGCAGUGUCCGCCUCUACAUACCAAAGGACCUGAGGCCUAUUGAUAAUAGGCAAAGUGUGUUGAAAUCUGUACAGGAGGUACAGAAACGUUUUCCUGAUGGAGUGCCCUUAUUGGACCCUAUUGAUGACAUGGGCAUCAAGGACCAAGGGUUGAAAAAAGUAAUCCAAAAAAUAGAGGCAUUUGAGCAUAGGAUGUAUUCACAUCCUCUUCACAACGAUCCAAACUUGGAAACCAUAUACAAACUUUGUGAAAAAAAAGCACAGAUUGCUAUGGAUAUUAAAGUAGCAAAGCGAGAACUGAAGAAAGCCAGAACUGUCCUGCAAAUGGAUGAACUCAAAUGCCGCAAGCGUGUUUUGAGAAGACUGGGGUUUGCCACGUCUUCAGAUGUUAUUGAGAUGAAAGGACGGGUUGCUUGUGAAAUCAGCAGUGCUGAUGAACUACUCCUGACGGAAAUGAUGUUCAAUGGUCUCUUCAAUGAUUUGUCUGCAGAGCAGGCAACUGCACUACUUAGCUGUUUUGUGUUUCAAGAGAAUUCCAGUGAAAUGCCAAAAUUGACUGAACAGUUGGCGGGACCACUUCGGCAAAUGCAGGAGUGUGCAAAAAGAAUCGCCAAGGUGUCAGCAGAAGCAAAACUGGAAACUGAUGAAGAAAAUUACUUGAAUUCUUUCAGACCCAACCUAAUGGAUGUUGUGUAUACAUGGGCAAAUGGAGCUAACUUUGCUCACAUCUGCAAAAUGACAGAUGUCUUUGAAGGUAGCAUAAUUCGUUGCAUGAGGCGUCUAGAAGAGCUGCUUCGGCAGAUGUGCCAGGCUGCAAAAGCCAUUGGGAACACAGAACUGGAAAAUAAGUUUGCAGAGGGGAUUACAAAAAUCAAGAGAGAUAUUGUCUUUGCUGCAAGCCUUUACCUGUAACAGCAGAUGUCUUCCAGAAACUACACUGACAGGAUGGAACAAAUUCAUCAGUGUCACAUGUGGCUUCCAUAUCAAGUAAUUCUUUUUAAUGGUGUUUACUUAAACCACAGUUGAUUCAGCAAGGCAUGUACAAACAGCAGUGUAUGUAAUAUAACUUGUUACAGUUUUCAAUAAAAAUUUACAGUUGUAAUAGCUUUCUUUUAA